AUGAUGAGCAGCAGGCUGAGCGGCCCCGGCACGAUCGCACCGGCGAGCGACGUCGUCGACUUCGGCUACGCUUCCAUGCACUCCUCCUCAUACACCAACUUCGAGCCCGCCCAACCGCUGUACCAGCACCACCUGUAUGACAACAGCUUCGACUUCGCCGCCAACAAUGCCUUCCAAUUCCACCAAGACCCCUUCACUCUCUUCUCCACCGGUUCGCCGCUCAUCAACCAGCUUCACCAGCCCUUCGCGCAGCAGAUCACCAUGCCGCCGAUCGCACCGUCGUCGCUGCUCCAGGCGCCAACGACAAUGACGGCGCUGCCGCGCGUGCCGUCGUCGGAAGACGCGUACAAUCCCUUCAGCGGCGGGUUACUGAAGCGUGAGGACGGCGACCCAUUCUUUUCCGACGCCGGCGGUGGCGGGAGGAUUGGGCUGAACCUGGGCCGGCGGACCUACUUCUCUCCGGCGGACGUGCUAGCGGUGGACCGCCUGCUGAUGCGCUCCCGCCUCGGCGGCAUGGGCGUGCUGGGGCUUGGGCUCGGCGCCGCCCACCACCCGCCACCGCGGUGCCAGGCCGAGGGUUGCAAGGCCGACCUCUCAGCCGCCAAGCACUACCACCGCCGCCACAAGGUCUGCGAGUACCACGCCAAGGCAGCCACGGUCGCCGCCUCCGGCAAGCAGCAGCGCUUCUGCCAGCAGUGCAGCCGGUUUCAUGUGCUUGCUGAGUUUGAUGAAGCCAAGAGGAGCUGCCGAAAGCGGCUCACGGAGCACAACCGCCGUCGCAGGAAGCCCUCCGGCGAGAAGGGCAACGACGCGCCGCCGCCUACCAAGAAGCCAGACAUCAGCUCAUACAGCGGCGACGAUCACAGGACAAAUAAGUCGUCGACCACGGUGGUCGCCGUCUCGCCGACGGCCAGCGGCUUCAGCUGCCUGCAGCAGCAGACCGAGCUCGACAACGGCGGCCAGUCGAACAUCGCCGCAACGAUGACGGCGCCGACGACCCUGUCCCUGGCCGCGGAGCGACCCCACGGCAGGGACUGCUACGGCGCCGGCCUGGACACCAUGCUGCUGCACCAGCAAGGUCGCGACGAGGAGGAGCAGGGAUUCAUGAUGACCCCGCUCGUGCAGUCGCAUCGGCAGCGGCAGCGAGACAGCGGCAACAUCUUGUCGUGCUCGACGUCGGCGUCGGAUCAGCGUCACCGGAACGACGGCGACAGCUGCUGCAACGGCAACAGCAUGCAGCAUUUCUUCGAGGUGGACUUCAUGUAG